ACACUAAACACAAACGCCAUUUUGUUUUUCGUUUCUUGCUGUACGCGAUUGAGGUGUGCUCGCGAAUUUUAUUUGAAUUUUAUACAUUCAAAAAUAGAUUGAAUUCGUUUUAUCUUCUUUUGAUUCAUCGAAUUCAUCACGUCGGACAAUAUGUCGGACCGAGAGAGGAGUCGCUCGAGGACUCGUAACGGGUCUCGAGAGCCGGCACCGAAGCCCGCAGCUAUGUCGCGCGGCCACAGCCGAAGCCGGUCUAGGACGCCGCCCCCGCCAAAAGCAUCGAGCAGAAAAUAUAGGAGCCCGUCGCGGUCGCGGUCGGGGUCUGCGCGGCGCGGGUACCGCUCGCGGUACUCGCGCUCCCGCAGUCGCUCGUACUCGCCGCGGGGCUCCUAUCGACGCUCCCACAGUCACAGCCCUAUGUCCUCGCGCCGUAGACAUAUGGGUGACAGGGUGAGGAGCGAUGUUUAUGAGAAUCCCACGCCGUCUAGAUGCCUCGGCGUGUUUGGCCUCAGUUUAUACACUACUGAACAGCAGAUCAACCACAUCUUCUCUAAGUAUGGACCCGUCGAUAAAGUACAAGUCGUUAUUGAUGCUAAGACGGGUCGUUCCCGAGGAUUCUGCUUCGUAUACUUCGAGAACCAGGAGGACGCUAAAGUGGCCAAGAACGAGUGCACGGGCAUGGAGAUCGACGGACGCCGCAUCCGCGUAGACUACUCCAUCACGCAGCGAGCGCAUACCCCCACACCCGGCAUUUAUAUGGGGAAACCUACCGUCAGCAGAGGCGGAGACAACGGGUACGACAGGCGUCGCGACAGAGACGACUACUACUACCGCGGCGGCGGCUACCGCGAGCGCGACUACUACCACCGCGGCUACCGGCACCGCUCGCCGUCGCCGCACUACCGCCGCCGCCGCUACGAGCGCGAGCGCUCCUACUCGCCGCGUAAGUCUUAUUACCAUCAAGAGCGGUAGGCACACUCCCGGACACCUGGUUUGCCAAUUACGACAUGCAAUAGAUUGGUGAACGUUAUUUAGUUUAGUGCCGGUUACAGGUGAGAUUUUUAACAGACUUAACAAAAAGGGGGAGAUUCUAAAUUCGUCUAACUCACCUGUCCGUCAUGCACACGCUAUCAUAUAUUUUAAGUGCUGAAAUAAUCAAAAGUGUCGCAACACGACAGCGUUCAACACUUAUUUGAUCAACCUGUGCUGCAAUUUAUUAACAAUUAAAGUGUGCAUUUAUAGUGCACAAUGUCUUACCAAAACUGUUUUUAGUUUUACAAAAUGGCAAUUCUCAUUUAUCUCUGCCUGGUUAUCAAACAUUCAAACAAAAUGACUAGGCACUAAACUAAAUAACGAGUGCUAUAAGAAAGUGCCAACAAGGCUUACGUAAUUCCAUGAUUUAGUUCCAAGCUAAAAUAGUUCUUAUAUUACAAACCUUAAAGUUCAUGUGUUGGUAAACCAAUAUUUGGGACGCCUUACGUACAGGGCUACUCAAACUCCGUAGACGUUACUAGCUAAGUGAGCUAGUGGAUUGUAGUCAAUAUGAUUUGGAAAUUAUUGUAUCUUUGGUGGUGGGCGAGAAAUUUCAGUUAUCAGCUGUUAUGGUUCUACAACAAUUAGGAUUCCAUAUGGAUGUUGAUAAUUUUCCUGUAACAUUAAACCCUCAAACGUCUAUUCUUAUUUCCAUUCUUACCUUUUAUUGGCUGUAUAGUAAAAUUAAAGAAGAAACUAUGUAAAUAGUCACAUUAGAUAGGUAGGAAUUAGAAACAUUUGUGUUUCAAGGUUUCACAGAAUGUUAAACCUAUAAAAUUUAAUAUAAGAGAUAGUUAACUGUGUAUAGUUUUAGUAGCCCUGUCAAUUGACUUGCUAAAUGUGCAGUAAAUAAAUAGUUUUAACCCCCUCUAUGUGAGAAUUUGUAUUGACGAGUGAAGCUCAAGAUUUUGAUUGUACAAAAUAUUGUAUGUUAUUUUUUGACACAAAGUCGCCAUUCAUUUCUUUUGUUACUUAUAGGUUUUUAUUUGGGUAGUUAAAUUCAUUUUAAUUGACAAUUAAUUUCAUUAUACUUUGAUAUUCAUAUAAACAUUGCAAUAGCUAUGAGAAAUUGUACUUAUUCAGUUCAAAGAUACCUUUUCAUAUACCAAAGAAUGGGCUCGCCCAAACGUCGCACUUCCACGAAUUGGUAAAUAACCAUAAAGCUUCUGUAUAUAAUGUAUGUGACUGUAUGAAGUGGGGUCUGUCUUUGAAUCUUUGUUUUUAGAUAAUAAUUAGGAAUAAGUUUCUAAAUGUUGUCUGCUAUGUCUGUUAUCUAUCAAUUUAUUCUAUAAAAUAACCAGUAAAGUCAAUAUAACUGUAUGAUCCGCGUGCGAAUAAAAUAUAACAAUUAGUCAAGAGUAGUUUACUACACAGUUCCAUUCCAUUGUUAUCGCGCGCGGAUCAUAUCUCAUGCUAACGAAACUGCGUUUGAAUAGUCAAUUAUGAACAUAGAACAAUUUGAUAGAUACCGUGUCGCCAUGACCACCGCAGUAGCGUCAUAUUGUUACGGCAUAACACAUAGUUACUCCCCUCUUUGACUUUGCAGGUCGUUAUUAGUAAGUGCGCGAUGCUGAGUGCAACGUCAGAUAGCAUAGCAUUUUAUAGAACAGAUCCCAACUAUGUGUCGCGGCCCCCAUGCAUUUAGUUCUGUGGCCGUUGUUAACGUUGUGAACAUUCUGUAACAGGCGGGCCUGCGCCGAGCCAGCGCCGGCCGCGCCUCAAGAGAGAAGCUAAUUUGUGUUAAUUGUAUGUGAUCAGAGGGUCUAGUUCUAAGUUAGCGUGUAACGCCCGCGCGGGCAUAGUUGCCUCUAGGAUGUAAAACUAGCUCUAAUAAAGAUUUAACACUAAGUCUAAUAUUGAUUUUGUUUGUUUGAAAAGGUAUUGAAACAAGAAGUAAAGGAUGAAGUUCCUUGAAACUAACUGUGUUGAAGUUUUGAAAAUGUUUGAUUGAAAAGUCCUUUCGAAAUGGCGCUCGCCGGAAUCGGGCCCGGCCGGUCGUCCGGGUCAUGCAGCCGCCGGCUCCGGCUUGUCGAAGCGCAAAGAAUAUGAUCGCGUUAGCCGCUAAGUAGGAAGCCCAAGCUUUGCGAAGACAUUGAAGAGAGAAGUCGCGCGCACAGAUCAUAUUCUUUAUCUUCCGACUACCGAACACUUGUAGCCAAGUGGCCACGUGACCUUGCAUUUCUCGUGUUGCUGCUUACAUAUGUAUUAUUAUGUAUUCGGAUGUAUCGAGUGGCAUCUCACGACAUUAGCGUAGCGUUGUGUUGUACGACUUGUUAAUAAACAAUAGUUUUGUAACGUCA